CACACCUGUUGUGUUCUCGCGUGAACUUGUGUCCCACGUCAUCGCCCCCUACUAGGGGCCCUAGUAACAUCGGUGGCGUCUUGGGGAGAUAAAGCAACAAGAUGGGUUUGCUGUCAAUCCUUCGGAAGCUAAAGAGCACACCAGAUCAGGAGGUUCGGAUCUUGUUGCUGGGUUUGGACAACGGGGGAAAGACCACUCUGCUGAAACAACUGGCUUCCGAGGACAUCAGUCACAUCACCCCCACACAGGGCUUCAACAUAAAGAGUGUUCAGUCUCAGGGUUUUAAGUUGAAUGUGUGGGACAUCGGGGGACAGAGGAAGAUCAGACCCUACUGGAGAAACUACUUUGAGAACACUGAUGUACUGAUUUACGUCAUCGACAGUGCAGACAGAAAAAGAUUUGAGGAGACGGGGCAGGAGCUGGCUGAGCUGUUGGAUGAGGAGAAGCUGAGUGGGGUUCCAGUGCUGAUAUUUGCCAACAAGCAGGACCUGCUGACGGCAGCCCCAGCCUCUGAGAUCGCUGAGGGACUUAACCUGCACACCAUCCGGGACCGCGUCUGGCAGAUCCAGUCCUGCUCUGCCCUCACCGGGGAGGGGGUACAGGACGGAAUGAACUGGCUCUGCAAGAGUGUCAAUGCUAAGAAGAAGUAGGACAGAUGUCCGUUUUCACACACCCUGAGCCUUUGGGAGGACAGGGUGUACCUGUGAAUGUACACACUACAUCAACAUGGACUUGAAGAGAGUUUUUAACCGCCUGGCUGGCCUCUACACAUUGUUUACUAAACUACAACUCUCGCUAGAACUACAACUUCCAUGUUGCUCUUCAAAAUGGAGUGGGGGUACAAAGGGAACUCAUCCCAGGAGACCAGAGACGCCCCUCCCCGUCCUAACCAUCCCACCUCCACCCUGUCAAGACAUUCCACCUCAGCCUAACCAUCCCACCUCCACCCUGUCAAGAUACUACACCUCAGCUUAACCAUCCCACCUCAAACCCUGUCAAGACACUCCACCUCAGCCUAACCAUCCCACCUCCACCCUGUCAAGACACUCCACCUCAGCCUAACCAUCCCACCUCAAACCCUGUCAAGACAUUCCACCCCAGCCUAACUAUCCCACCUCCACCCUGUCAAGACACUCCACCUCAGCCUAACCAUCCCACCUCAAACCCUG